CUCCCUCACUCCCCCCGUUUCUUGAAAAUCAAAACACCCGCCCCUCCUCUCUUCUUCCUUCGACGAUCAUAAGCACAAGCAAAGAUAAUUUCUGAUUUUACUUCCUCCACCAUGGAUUUUUACAUGGACGAGAGCAUGGUGAGAAACGACCCUGAGUUUUGGGGCUUGUUGAAUGCUGUUCCCGGAGGUGGAGAAGCAGGAUACGCCGACGGACCUGGAGAACUCGACGGUGACGACAUGACUUGCGGAGGCGGGGAUGGGUCUGGGCAGAAAGCCGGAGGUGGAGAAGUUGAUGGACAGAAAGCCGGACGUGGAGAAGGUGACGUUGAGACGGACCUAGGCGGAGAGGAUGAAGGACAGACGUCGCCGGCGGCCAUGGACGUUGUUUCUGACCUUGAUGGAGAAGGGUUGGUAAAGGAGAGUGAACUUGGUACAGAGCCAGAAGUUGGUAUGGAGUUUGAAAGCAGAGAAGCGAUCUAUGAAUUUUACAAAGCAUAUGGGAAGCGUUUGGGAUUUCCUAUAAGAACUAGGAGCACAACAAAAGACAAAAGAGGAAGAGAGAUUGUGUCAGUUGUACUGGAGUGUUCGCGGGCUGGUCAUAGAGGUAGUCAGUCAAAAAAUCAAUUGAAGCCCCAACCUUCAAUGCAAAUAGGGUGUGGAGCUAGACUACGUGCGCACGUAAUUUAUUCGGG